UUUUACUCAAUUUACAAUGCUUCGGUGUUCGUUCGUUUGUUCUUCUUAUUCUUCUUCCUUCUUCUUCCUUCUUCUUCAUUUUUCUCAUUCCCGCGAAAAAUUUAAUCUCCUUAAUCUCUCUAUUUUCUCAUUUAUUUAAUAUUUCUCUACAAUAUUAUCACACCACACUACUGGACAGACCAAACCCUAAAGUUCUCUGGAUGCCUUGUUGAAUUCUUCGAGAUGUCGGGGAAUCCCGCGAAGACAGAAGUUCUUGAGGAUACAAAUGGCUGUUCAUCCGGGGUGAAUAAAAAUGAGCUGAUUCUUAGACCAGUUUCUCAAGAUGAAUCUGGGGAGGGCUUGCCAUAUGCUCCUGAAAAUUGGCCCAAUCCUGGUGAUAACUGGAGUUGGAGGGUGGGGAAGAGAGUUGCUAUAACUGGCCAUUUUCUGGAUAGGUACCUUUAUUCUCCUCGUGGUAUUAGCGCGUCCGAAAACUCAGCUCGUAAAGGGCAAAGUUUUGCAAGCAAGCUUUCAGUUGAAAGAUAUAUCCAGUCUGAGUUCCCUAAUGCAGACGUUGAGGCUUUUUUUGCUUCAUUCAGUUGGAAGAUACCAGCAAAAAAGUCAUCUUCAGCCCAAGGUACUCGGGUAAAACACAUUCCAUGCUCUCUACCCUCAAAAAAGAUAGAGGAAUGCUCCGCAUCUGCGUCCCAGAAUGAUAAAGUGGGUUGCAAGGCUGGAAAUAAGAACUGUUAUAGUUUAUCUGUUUCUGAAAAUCCAUCUUCAUCCAAAUCCAUGUCUUGUGGUAUUUGCUGCAGUGAAUCUCGCUUUUGCCGUGAUUGCUGCUGUAUACUUUGCUGCAAGAUUAUAGACACGACCGUGGAAAGUUAUAGCUACAUAAAAUGUAAAGCAGUGGUGGGUGAUGGAUAUAUUUGUGGACAUCUUUCUCAUAUAAAAUGUGGUCUUAAAUCGUAUACAGCUGGGACAGUUGGAGGAAGCAUUGGACUGGAUGCUGAGUAUUAUUGUCGACGUUGUGAUGCCAGAACGGAUUUGGUAUCACAUGUAGAAAGAUUUUUGCAGUCAUGCCAAUCAGCUGACUGCCAAGAUGAUGUUGAGGAGAUCUUAAACCUUGGUUUAUGUAUUUUGCGUGGUUCGCACAAAAUGAGAGCAAAGGAGUUGUUAAGACACAUUGAACUGAGCAUUGAGAAGAUUAAAACUGGGACUUGCUUGGAAAAGAUUUGGAAGAUGGAGGAAGAUAGCUCAGCAAAUUGCACUGAUGCACCUGAUACUGCUGAUUCUACAGAAAGUUCUCAUGAAACUUCAGACUCCCUUAUAAGCUCAGAAUGGACUAUGUCCACCCCUUUUGAUCAUUGGAUCGAGUCCUUAAAACUUGAAGACGAAAUUGAUCAGGUUUUGCAUGGACUGAAAAGAUCACAGGAGUUCGAGUAUAAUUUAGCAGAAGAAAAGCUUCUAUUACAUAAAAAUUAUCUACAUAACCUCUUUCAGCAACUUGAAAAGGAGCAAACUGAACUCAGACAUCAAGCACCAUCAACGGGACAAAAUGCCGUAUCAAACAGAGUGGACCAAAUAAAACGAGAAGUAAAGAGACUGAAGAGAAUGGAAAAGAUUGCUGAUGGAUUUGGAAUGACUCCGAAAGAUAUCCUCAAGGAGGACUUCGAUUUGGAUGUUGAAAUAGAGAUACGGAAGUGAAAAAAUACGAUGUCUCACAAAAUUUCACUGAACUUGCUUGGUUCAUUUAGCUCUUAUGUGAGUUUUUGUAUUUUUUACUGUGUAUCAUAUGGCUUCACACGAGGCUGAGUCUAUGAUAUCGAGGUUUUACUCGGUUUUUGAGGAUAUCUGGAUUCAGAAAGCAAAGACUGAACCUAUACCGUUGUGGAGUUGCCAGAAGGAAUGUAGAGUAGAGAUAUUUUGGUCAAUUGGAAACUAACCCUCAGCAACGAGUUUUCACGGUAGGCCUUCAUAUCAAAUUAUCAACACCAUGGAUUUUAUACUCUACUGACCAAACUGUGAGCUUACUCCUAUUUGUUGUCUUUGUUACUUAUAUAUUGAAUGUAUUAGCAAGUGAGAGUUAGAAACGAGCAUUGUUUGAAGAUAUAUACUUAAAUCUUUGCCUCUUCAACUCUCUCAGGAAAUGAUUAUUUAUGUUUUGAAUUCUUGUGAACAUUGGAACUUUUCUCAGCUAAACUUCUACGUUCCCAUUGGUUGCUUUCCAUGACUUCUGUGGAGCUUAGUGUAGGGGAUCCAGUCUGGUUCAGAUUUCUUAUAACUACAUGCAGAAGAGAGGUAACUUCUCUUGAUUACAUUUUGCUAAAAUCAGAACAUAUUUGAAACGGGAAAAGAAGAAGAAGACAUAAUCCCACUUAUUACAUAGAAAGGAAGCUUCGUGGAAUGCAGUGAAACCGCCAUUUUCUUCAUCAGGAUGAUGAUGAUGAAGAUGAUUGUUGCACCUACUGUUGACGUGUGAUUGUGUUCACGACAAAAAAGGUCGGCUCCUUUCUUUGUCAUCUUGGCUUUUCUAUCCUUACGAAUGUAUUUUGUACUUUCUCUUUGAGACCAUAGUGAUAAUGCGAGUUUUGGAUGUUAUUAGCUUGUCAAGUUCAUCUUUUUAGCCGUUUAAUCGAAAAUGGAUUUGUUCUUGGCA